AUGGUGACAUCUCUCUCUCUCUCCGCAGUGGAUCCCUGUUGUUAUUUCCCCUGCCAGCACCAAGGGGUGUGCGUGAGGGUCGGCCUGGGAGGAUACGAAUGCGACUGCACGCGGACGGGAUACUUCGGGGCCAACUGCACCUCCCCCGAGCUCUGGACGCGCCUCCACAACCUGCUGAAGCCCAGUCCUGCCUUCUACCACUUCAUCCUGACCCACUUCAGGUGGUUUUGGGACAUUAUCAACAGCACCUUCAUCAGGGACACGCUCAUGAGGCUCGUGCUUACAGUUCGCGCCAAUCUCAUCCCCAGCCCCCCCACCUUCAACUCUGACUACGGCUACAUCAGCUGGGAGGCUUACUCCAACGUCAGCUAUUACACCCGUGUCCUCCCGCCCGUGCCAGACAACUGCCCAACGCCAAUGGGGACCAAAGGGAAGCAGCAGCUCCCCGACCCCCAGCUCCUGGCAGAGAGGUUCCUGCUGCGGCAGAAGUUUGAAGCCGAUCCCCAAGGCACCAACCUGAUGUUUGCCUUCUUCGCCCAGCAUUUCACCCACCAGUUCUUCAAGACGUCUGGGAAGAUGGGACGCGGCUUCACCAAGGCGCUGGGGCAUGGGGUGGACCUUGGGCACUUAUAUGGGGACAACCUGCAGCGGCAGCACCAGCUGCGACUCUUCAGAGAUGGGAAGCUGAAAUUCCAGGUGGUGGAUGGAGAGGUGUACCCCCCCACGGUCACCGAUGCUCCAGUUCACAUGGUCUACCCGUCCAGCAUCCCCAAGGAGAAGCAGCUGGCGAUGGGCCAGGAGGUGUUUGGGCUUCUGCCGGGGCUCUGCAUGUACGCCACGCUCUGGCUGCGCGAGCACAACCGCGUCUGUGACAUACUGAAACGGGAGCAUCCCACCUGGAGCGACGAGCAGCUCUUCCAGACGGCUCGUCUCAUCCUCAUCGGGGAGACCAUUAAGAUCGUCAUUGAAGACUACGUCCAGCACCUCAGUGGGUACUUCCUCAGCCUCAAGUUUGACCCCGAGCUGCUGUUUGGGACGCAGUUCCAGUACCGGAAUCGCAUCGCGGUGGAGUUCAACCAGCUCUAUCACUGGCACGGGCUGAUGCCCGACUCCUUCAUCAUCCAAGGGGAAGAGUACAGCUACGAGCAGUUCCUCUACAACACCUCCAUGCUCCUGGACUACGGCGUGGAGGCGCUGGUGGAAUCCUUUUCCAAGCAGAUUGCAGGAAGGAUAGGUGGGGGACAAACCAUCAAUGCCAACGUCUUGAACGUGGCCGUUGGGGUCAUCAAGGAAUCCCGGCAGCUGAGGCUACAGCCGUUUAACGAGUAUCGGAAGAGGUUUGGCAUGAAGCCCUACAAGUCCUUCCAGGAGCUAACAGGAGAGGAAGAGAAGGCGGCAGAGCUGGAAGAGUUGUAUGGAGACAUUGAUGCUCUGGAGUUUUAUCCGGGCUUGCUGCUUGAGAAACCCCAACCCAAUGGUAUUUUUGGGGAAAGCAUGGUGGAGAUCGGAGCUCCGUUUUCCCUGAAGGGGCUUCUUGGAAACCCCAUCUGCUCCCCAGAGUACUGGAAACCCAGUACAUUCGGUGGAGAAACUGGCUUUGACAUAGUUAAGACAGCAUCGCUCGAGAAGCUCGUGUGCCUCAAUGUGAAGAAGUGCCCAUACGUGGCGUUUCAUGUGCCAGAUGCUGCGGAACAUGGUAGCCCUCGGAGCGGUGGAUCAUCUGCUGAGCUCUAGUACCGGGACAGCCUGCCCAGGGAGCGACGAGGACACGGGGACCUGCCCACCCCUGUGCCGAGCAGGAGCAGGACAGAAGAUGGUCCCAUCCUGGGCAUCCUCCACACCAGCCCUCGAGGAGAGGCUGGUACCAGCUCUGUGAAAAGCUCAAGUGCCUCAGGAGCGUGGCUGUCCUCAGCAGACCCAGUUCUCUUGCUAGUGAAUACCUUGCACUAAGCCAGCUUUGGGGUUCCCCGGGGGACGCCUACCUCCCUGGGACGCUCUGGACUCCCCUGUGCUUUGUCACCCUCCACCCCUGCUGCUUUCCAGCACCAGACCACCAGCAAUCCCACUUCCGCAGGGCUUCCCCGCUCCGGAUGGAGGAUCACAGAGCCCAGGGAGCCCUUGCAGUCCUUCCGCCUCUGCUGCACCCGGUUGAGGCACUGAGCUCCCCAAGGGAGGCAGAGGAGGCAGGUGGCAGCGCGCAGACGGACGGGGAGGACACGCUGUAGGUGGUCACGGUGGCCCAGCAGUGGCUGAGCUUGCCGUAGGAACCUGUCCUGAUCCGCUUCUCCUGCGGCCGCUCCGGACCGUCCUCCCGAGGCUGCCCAGCACACGGGCAUAGCUGAGACACAGCCAAGAAGAAGGAACCAAAGCAAUGUUUCUGCGGGAGAAGACCAGAGGAGAAGCAUCAGAUGAGACCUCCCAGACCUCCUGCGUCUCCCACCUGCUAGCUAGGACCCCGGCGCGUACUUGCCGGCCACCCACGCUGAGCUGCUCGGAGCAGAUGCUACCUCUGUGCAAACACAGCGAUGAAAUCUCUUCCAUCCUACGAUCGUUACCCUUCCCUGCGUUAAUAGCUCAGCAAAUGGCAUCCCCAAGGCACACAGAGCCCGCUUCUGUCCCGCUCCAGAAACGCACGCAGAUGUCAGCCCUCGCCGACAUAAUGACGUGGUAGCUGGCAGCCACUGUCACUAGCCUUGAUCCCCAUCAGAUCCCGGUUCACCUCCAGGAAAAUGGACAUUUAAAAUAAUAAAUGAUUUCAAAAAACUCCUCUCAUUUCCUCCAGCCAGUUUCCAAGCUUUGUCUC